UCCUCAAGACCCAAGAGUGACAGGAUUCGAGUUUUCUCAUGCAGUCGUAAAUAUGUUUAUAUAUUUAAGCAAAAAGAUUGCCAUCCCAAACAAUACACGGCUAAGAUGUGUAGGAUGGAACAAAGACCAAGGAUAUAUUGCCUGUGGUGGAGAUGACGGCUUACUGAAAGUGCUCAAGUUAGAAGCAGGUAAAGAUACAAAGGUCAAAGGGUUGGCAGCUCCCUCCAAUCUGUCUAUGAAUCAGACUCUCGAUGGCCACACAGGGACAAUACAGGUUGUGACAUGGAACGAGAGCCACCAGAAACUGACUUCCUCUGACCAGAGUGGACUUAUCAUAGUCUGGAUGCUCUAUAAGGGCUCCUGGUAUGAGGAGAUGAUCAACAACCGUAAUAAGUCUGUUGUGAGAGGAAUGGCCUGGAACAGCGAAGGACAGAAGAUUUGUAUUGUGUAUGAGGAUGGUGCAGUGAUUGUUGGCAGCGUCGAUGGCAAUCGCAUUUGGGGAAAGGAACUCAAAGGCCAGCACUUAAUGGGAGUUGAAUGGUCUCCUGACUCACGUCUUCUCCUCUUUUCCCUUCACAAUGGGGAGGUCCAUGUGUAUGACAAUACUGGAGGCUUUAGCCGAUUGAACAUACAGUGCCUGGGUAGCAUGGGCCUCGGAGCAAUGGUAGUCGGCCUAAUUUGGUAUAAUGGGCGAAACGGCUAUGUAGAACCUGACUGUCCCACCCUAGCCAUAUGUUAUGACAAUGGCAGAAUGCAGAUCAUGAGGAAUGAGAGUGAUGACAUGCCUGUUUUGAUUGACACUGGAAUGAGUGUGUGUGCCUGCCAGUGGAAUCACAAUGGCUAUGUGAUAGCAGUAGCAGGCACCCUUCAUCUGUCAGGCAUGGGAGAGAAAGACUGUAAUGUUGUGCAGUUUUAUACUCCAUUUGGUGAGCACUUGAGGACCCUAAAGGUGCCAGGAAAGGAGAUAACAGCUUGCUCAUGGGAAGGAGGAUCACUUCGUAUAGCUUUAGCAGUUGAUUCCUUUAUCUACUUUGCUAACAUUCGUCCUGAUUACCGCUGGUGCUACUUUGCCAAUACUGUGGUGUAUACAUACACUAAGCCUGAACGUACUGAAACUUGCGUGACCUUCUGGGACACCAGGAAUAAUGAGCAUUUCAUUAAGCACAUCAAGUACCUCAUGGGAAUGGCAUCAAGUGGAGAGCACUGUGUCUUGGCUGUGCGCACUGAUGAUGGGUCUGGACAGUUUGGGCUUAUCAUCUGCAAUGCUAUUGGUACUCCAGUUGAUAGUAAAUACAUUGACAUUGAGCCUCAUUACCUAUCCAUGACCAGCAGUUAUGUCUUUGCUGCAUCCAAGGAGAACUUCUAUAUUUGGCACUUCAAGACUCCCAAAGCUCAUUCAUCAAUUGAGGUUCCUGGUUCAGUGAAAGUAGACCGUCAAGAACGUCUGUACCACAUUGAUGACACUCCCACUGGUGUCAAUGAUGUCUUUAGGGAAGGAGACAAACUUUUUGAGGCAACAAGCGACCCAGUCUGUUGUCUGACAGCAAGUGAACGAAUAUUGGUGAUUGGUAGAGAGUCAGGAGCCUUGCAAAGAUAUGCUCUGCCUCAUGUUGCCCUGACUGCACGUUACACCCUGCCAUGUCGUCCACAUCGUCUGGCACUAAAUUGUAAUUCUACGCGCUUGGCUAUUGUUGAUAUCACAGGAUUGCUUACCUUCCUGGAUCUUGAUACACGCACAUCAGACAAUAAUGGGAAAGAGAUAAUGGGAUCCAUUCUGAAGUUUGAGCGCAAGGAUGUUUGGGAUAUGUGUUGGGCCCAAGACAACCCUGAACUUUUUGCGAUGAUGGAAAAGACGAGGAUGUAUGUCUUUCGCAACAUGGAUCCUGAGGAACCCAUUGCCAGCUCAGGUUAUCUGUGCAGUUUCCAGGACCUAGAAAUACGAGCAGUACUCUUGGAUGAGGUGAUGCGAGAACCUGAAUCACCCACAACUGACCACUUGCUCACAUUAGAGGUGAAAAGUCUGCGUGACACGCGAGACCUUUUAGAGAAAGUGUCAAUCAAAGAUGCAGCAGCGUUCAUUGAUGAGAACCCACACCCAAGACUCUGGCGUCUCCUUGCUGAAGCAGCUCUUGAAAAGCAGGACCUUAAAAAUGCUGAAGCUGCAUUUGUACGUUGCAAAGAUUAUCCAGGAAUCCAGUUAGUUAAGCGGAUAUCAAACAUCCAAAACGAAGCUUUGAGGAAAGCUGAAGUUUCUGCCUAUUUCAAAGACUUUGAUGAAGCAGAAAGGCUGUAUCUGGAAGUUGAUCGCAGGUGA